AUGACGAACAUCACCUGCUCUGUGAAGAACAGCCAGAAUCGCAAGGAAAUCAUCACCAUCCUGAACGAUGUCAGCGGCUUCAUGCGCCCCGGCGAGAUGGUCGCUCUGAUGGGCCCCUCUGGGUCGGGGAAGACCACGCUCAUGGACAUCCUGUCUGGGCGCAAGAACGUGGGGAAGAUCUCGGGGGAGGUGCUGAUGGGCGGCAACAAGCCUAGCGUCCCCUUCCUGCGGCGCUACACGGGCUACGUCGAGCAGUUUGACACGCUAGUGGACUACAUGACGGUGGAGGAGAUGCUCAUCUACACCGCCGAGAUGAAGCGCCCCGUGGAGGAGGAAGCCAGCCUGAAGGUGGCGGCCGUGGAGGACACCAUCACCGCUCUGGGUCUGGCCUCCUGCCGAAAGGUCAAGAUCGGCAACCACAUGGCCCGCGGCAUCUCCGGCGGCCAGGCCAAGCGCGUCAACAUCGGGCUGGCGCUGGUCACCAACCCCCGCAUCCUGUUUUUGGAUGAGCCCACCUCGGGCCUCGACUCGUACACCUCCAACGAGGUGAUGACGACGGUGAAGACGCUUGCCCGGCGCGGCCUGACGGUGUGCGCCACCAUCCACUCCCCCACCCCCUACUGCUUCCACCUCUUCGACCGCCUGCUGCUCCUCCUGCGCGGCCAAGUGGUCUACUUUGGCACCGGCGGCCAGGAGGCGGUGGAGUACUUUGUGCAGAACACGCCCGUCAUCAAGGGCCUGAUGGAGGGCGAGAACGAGGCGGAGUGGAUCGUGGACCUCACUGUCCAGGCAGACCGGCAGGGCAAGGCGGGGGAGUUUGCCGGUGCCUUUGCCGCGUCGCGGCACAAGACCGUGUCUGACGAGGCGCUGCAGUCCCUGCUGCGCGACACCCCCUCCAUGCUCGACGAGGACAGCAAGAAGGAGCUGGCGGUGCAGCGCGAGACCACCACGCCCUUCUGGUGGGCCCUCCUGGUCAUGAUCAAGCGACGGGCGUUCAAGCAGUACAAGAACCCCGAGUUUGUCAUGCCGCGCAUUGCCGGCUCCGUCCUGUUCAGCCUGGUGAUCUUCACCCUGUACUGGAAGAAGGGGGAUGACCUGUCCACCGGCAACCUGUACAACAUCCAGGCGGUGCUCUUCAUGUGGGUCGUCCUGCCCGCCUACAACUCGGCCUCCACCAUGCCCACGCUGGUCAUGGAGCGCCAGCUGUUCACCAGGGAGCGGAACGAUGGGCUGUACCGCGUGGUGACCUUCCUGUUCUACAAGAUGGUGGAGGAGGUGGUCAUCCUGGGUCUGGUCUCGCUGCUCACAUCGCUGCUCGUGUUCUACACCGUCCGGCUCAUGGGUCUGUGGGUCGUGUUCUGGCUCGCGAACUUUGUCACCAUGAUCACCGGAACCAUGGUGGGCUACUGGUUUGCGGCGCUGUCGCCAAACAUGGAUGCGGCCAAUGCCCUGCUGCCGCUGUACAUCACCAUUCAGCUCCUCUUCGCCGGCUUCCUCCUGCCCACCGGGGCCAUGCCAAACUACUGGAGAUGGGCAGCGAACAUUGAUUUCCUGCGGUACGGCUGGGGCGCCCUCAUGAAGAAUCAAUUCUAUGGGGACCGGAACGUCGAGUAUGUCGGCGGGACCAUUCUCGGCUUCUACGACCUGGCUGGCAUCAACAUGUGGGGCUGGCUCGGCAUCGAGCUGUGCUUCUUCGUCGUGUUUGCGGCCUUCACUUGGACGACGCUCCAGUACCUCCGACACGACAAGCGGUGA